AUGCCAAGACGAGAGGAAACGGACGAAGAACGAUCGAAUAACGAGCUGUCGUUUUUACCGUUGUGUAUAACAUCUUACAGAUCGAGAGAUGAGGCUGGAAAAUUGGUAAGCCACUUUUAUCACAAAGGAGAUUACUAUUUAUGUUUUAGCUAUGGAUUGUAUGCGGGGUCUUCCAACGAAUUGAGUGCGAAAGUUGAGUUACCUUCAUAUGGACCUUCCAUUGUUGACUAUAUCAUUGUACCAAAAUUCAAGUCAUUUUCUAUGGUAGAUGCAGUAUCCUUCUGUCACCUGCUCACUUUCAGUGAUGGUUCCAUGAAAGGCUUAAAAUUCAAGCAUGAUAAGUUUGUGACCAUUUAUGAUUCUAGUGUGGCUCCGAAUCUCGCCAUCACCUCUUCACCAGCUUCUUACCGGUUGAAUGCAUUUUUAGAUGGUAUCUUAUACACCUGUAACAAGAACGUGCUUUCUAAUAGUGGCCUACCUACGCUAGAUGCUAAUAUUUACUCCUUUGACUUCAAGAAGAGGUCGGUAGAACCAUUUUAUGCUACAAAUGAUGAGGAAAUCAUUUCAUUCGAUUUCAUGAGCAGAGAGUGUUUGGUCGAUGAUAUAACAUACCCAGGGAAGAGGCAGGUCUACUUCAUUUGUUUACUCAAAAGUGAGUAUAGUGAGAAUAUGAUUUUAGAGGAACAUCAUCAUACUGGAAAUCAUGACAAUUGGACGUUUGAUCUUGGUGGACAUCGCAGAUACAAUCUUUUAACGGUAUCUGAUGAUGAGUUUUGUUAUAUGAAAGUACUUGGCAACGACACCGUCAUAGUGUUGACCAAUUCUUAUACUCAAACAAUGAAACUAGGGGAAAAUGGCCUCAAAAAGAUGGCUUUUUUUAAUAAUAAAGGGCUUCCGAAGGAGGAAAACCAUCAAUUCUUGAAAAACUCCUAUAAUAUUAUGUAUGAAAAAUCAGCAAUUUUCCUAACAAUUUUUGACGUACAUGCCAAUAGGUAUACUGCCAAAAUACAUUCAAGUUUAUUAAACGAAGGUCAAGUGCAGAAAGAUCUCAAGUGGUCGAAAGAAAGAAUAUUCAAACUUUCAAGACAUGAUCUAUGUGAUGCUGUCUUGCAGCUUUCAGGAAAGAGGUAUAUAGCGCUCACAAGAAUGAGUGGGAUAAACUUUAUAUCAAACACCCAUCGAGGUCCCAAAAUAGAAAAGGUGAAGGGAGCUCCUCUUUAUGCUAACAAGGUUUAUCUUGCAUCUCAAGUAGUUAGAAAUAAGGGAACAGAUAUAGACUCAUUGCUUUUAGGAGGAAGUUUCAAUUCGAAAAGGGGAUUUCUGGAAAGGAAAUUUUCGGCAUAUGAUGAAAGCCUUUUGAAGCUAACCACUUCCACUAAAGUACCACUAGAUAAUGUAACUGAUUUUUGGGUUGCAGAUUUAAUGACCGAUGAUGGUAACAAUAUUUUGUAUGAAUCAAGGGGCUCGGUUUAUAAGAACGGAAUAUUGUUGACAGAUGAACCCUAUGACUACGGCAUACUUGUUACAAGGACAGGAAUGGUUUUGAAAAAUAAUAUGGAUGGUUCCACUGGAGAAAUGAAGCAGAUUGAUAUGCUACAAUCGGAUAACAGCUUUACCAAUGCGUUUUGCUAUCCAAUCAAAAAUUCUUACGUCAGAAUUUCAAUACUUGACCCAGAAUCUACUCAUCUACGUAAAACGAAAGACAUCUUCAUUGAAGGCCUUGAUUCUAAGGACAGUAUUAUAGAUGGUUGCUCAAAUGGUAUUCAGAGAUUUCUUUUUGCCGUAUACUCAUGUGGUAAGGUUUCGGUGUGGGAUACAACUCAGAAUGAGAUAGCAACGUCUGGCCCAGAUCUCUCCUUUAUUGCCUACGAUUUAUUGAUAAAAAACUUUUGUGCCUGUGAAAACUCUGGAAACAACUCAAUCUAUGUUAUUGCUUCAACAUACAUUGGCUGUGUGAGAGUUUACAAAAAAUCAGAAUCAAGUUUUCUAGAAAUUGCUUUAGAAAUACAUUCCUCAUAUGGCCAGAAAUUAGAAAUACUAGGAACACUUUCAAACUCUCCGCUAGUCUUUCUUUACAAUGAAAAAGAAACAAUCUUGCUAAAUCUGAAUAACUUGACUUAUGGAUUUAUACAGUUAGGCUUAGUUCCAAAACGAAUGAGAAUACGACCUGGGAAAGAAUUGUUCUCUCUUUGUGUCUUAGACAGUGAAUUUCGAAUGAAUGUGUUUGAUUUUGGUAUCACGUCUGGUAGUGGAGAUCUUACUCAGCAGAUAGUCUCAUUGAAACCGCAAGUAGGCAAUCAAAUACUUCACCUCUCUAGCGUUCCUGUACACCUUCACACCAUACCAAAUAACCUCAAUCAGGCGGUAGUAUGCCUAGUUGAUACUAAUAGUGGACAGUACGAGUUGAUGCUUUUUGAUUACCUUUUAAUGAAGCCAAUUUCCACAUUUCGUUUUCCCAAUACGAAGUAUUUACAUGCAAUCGUAAAACCGUUGUGGUCAGAAGAUGAUUCAAUUUACUCAUCAUUAAGAUAUUUUUACGGUGACAAGUUUAUUGUGUGUUUAAGUAGAGGUGAUAAACGUACAGAAUUCUCGUUAUUUGAGAUCAGAGAUAGCGAGAUUGUCCAGUUAUAUGCGCAUUUUCUCGAAGAUCCUGUAUACUCGGUUUUUAUUUAUUACGAAAAAAGUAUGGUAUUAUUUUCUGGUGAUAGAGGCGUGGUAGCGUACAGAGUACAUCCGCUGAAAGAUGGUUCCGAAAUGCUCGAAGCAUGCUCUUUCCCAGUACUUGAAUUGGUUGAUCCCAUAGGACUUUCUACGUAUAUAGAUGGCAAUUACUUAGUUCACUUUGAACCCAUGACAGGUUUUGUUAGGACUCACCUCCCAAUCAAAGAAACAACAGAAUAUCCAUCGGAGGAUUCGGGAGGUGCUUGCAUGAGUUUCUUAGAUUUCGGUAGUAUUACACAAGUGGCCACUAAAAGAUUCUCCAGGAAGCAAAUAAAGCCUGGAAAUAAGUAUAUGAAAAAUGGAAAGAUCUGCUCAUUAGGCCGGUUGUCAAGCCUUUCUAGUGUUGAAUUGAAAUAUUCCAACAGAUCUUAUGUUGCCACUAUUGGUUUUGAUAAUAUACUUGCGAUAUAUGAGGAUUCUGAUAAAUCACUGGUUGAAAAUGAUGGGCUAACUAUGCCAUACCUUAAAACCCGAUUGCCGGAUGAGAUAAUCUCAUUGACACCUAUUCCGGACGGAUUUCACAACCUUCAAAUAUGUUCAAGCUUGAACGAAGAAAGGCUGAAGGGGGUAUUACCUCUAUUUAUGCUUUGCGGUACUAAGGGUCAGGUUUAUAUUGUAUCGGAACUUGUGAAUGACUUAUGGAUGGGGCCAUUGCACUAUUGCGAGACUGUUGGUAUAAAAAAUGGAGGAGUAGCUCCAAAUUCUGAGGCAAGUAUGCGCAAUGCUACUAGACAAUACAUCGUUAACAAUGAGACUGGAAUAAAUGAAAGCGGAUUUGAUGAAAUGGGUAAAAGUUUGAAAAGAAGACAUAUUGAUCAUUUACCACAUAGGACCAUAGGUUUCUUUGAUCCCGCGAAAUUAAAAAGGGUGGCUGCAGAUUUUCUCUAG